GCGCACGAUCAGCACCUGUCCUCCUCUGUGGCUUUUUGGCUUCAGCGGUGGGAGUGGUCAUUAUUUGGCAGGGAGCGGCGGCAGAAUUUCCUAGACACCGACAGCCGCGCGUGCCGUGCACCCGUUCAGAUUCAGCACUAUUCUGAAGGGAAAGCGCACGGAUUUAGGCGAUUCAACCGAAGGAACGAGACCGAGAAGGCAGUAUAUUUUAGGAAUACACAGUAAAACAACACAUUAUACAUCAUUUUUUUGUUGAGAUACAAGAGCUGUCAUCAAACCAGAGACCAUGACCACCGCUACGUCCCCCAUCCUGUUGAAGUGGGACCCCAAGAGUCUGGAGAUCCGCACCCUGACCGUGGAGCGGCUGCUGGAGCCCCUGGUCACACAGGUGACCACCCUGGUGAACACCAGCAACAAAGGGCCCAGCAGUAAGAAGAAGGGGCGCUCCAAGAAGGCCCACGUGCUGGCCCUGUCCGUGGAGCAGGCCACGCAGAACUUCCUGGAGAAGGGCGAGCAGAUCGCCAAGAACAGCCACGAUCUCAAGGAGGAGCUCAUCCUCGCCGUGGAGGACGUCCGCAAGCAAGGCGAUUCAAUGCGCGUGGCCUCCCAGGAGUUUGCUGACGACCCUUGCUCCUCAGUGAAGCGAGGCACCAUGGUGAGGGCUGCCCGCGCCCUGCUCUCCGCCGUCACCCGCCUGCUCAUCCUCGCCGACAUGGCCGAUGUCAUGAGGUUGCUGGCCCACCUGAAAAUCGUGGAGGAGGCCCUGGAGGCAGUGAAGAAUGCCACCAACGAGCAGGACCUUGCCAACCGCUUCAAAGAGUUUGGCAAGGAGAUGGUGAAGCUCAACUAUGUGGCUGCCCGCAGACAGCAGGAGCUGAAAGACCCCCAGUGCCGGGACGAAAUGGCGGCUGCGCGCGGCGCCCUGAAGAAGAACGCCACCAUGCUCUACACGGCCUCGCAGGCCUUCCUGCGCCACCCGGAUGUGGCGGCCACGCGCGCCAACCGCGACUACGUCUUCAAGCAGGUGCAGGAGGCCAUCGGGGGCAUCAGCAGUGCCGCUCAGGCCACCUCGCCCGGCGACGAGAAGCACGGCCACGCUGGCAUCGGCGAGCUGGCCGCGGCCCUCAACGAGUUUGACAACAAGAUCAUCCUGGACCCGCUGACGUUCAGCGAGGCGCGUUUCCGCCCCUCCCUGGAGGAGCGCCUGGAGAGCAUCAUCAGCGGCGCCGCCCUCAUGGCCGACUCGUCCUGCACCCGCGACGACCGCCGCGAGCGCAUCGUGGCCGAGUGCAACGCCGUCCGGCAGGCCCUGCAAGACCUGCUGAGCGAGUACAUGAACAAUACUGGCAGGAAAGAGAAAGGAGACCCGCUGAACUCUGCCAUCGACAAGAUGACCAAGAAGACCAGGGAUCUGCGCAGACAGUUGAGGAAGGCUGUGAUGGACCACAUCUCCGACUCGUUCCUGGAGACCAACGUGCCGCUGCUGGUGCUCAUCGAGGCGGCCAAGAGUGGCAACGAGAAGGAGGUCAAGGAGUAUGCGCAGGUGUUCCGGGAGCACGCCAACAAGCUGGUCGAGGUGGCUAACCUGGCCUGCUCCAUCUCCAACAACGAGGAGGGUGUGAAGCUGGUGCGCAUGGCCGCCACCCAGAUCGACAGCCUCUGCCCACAGGUGAUCAACGCGGCCCUCACCCUGGCUGCUCGGCCCCAGAGCAAGGUUGCCCAGGACAACAUGGACGUGUUCAAGGACCAAUGGGAGAAGCAGGUGCGCAUCCUCACCGAGGCCGUCGACGAUAUCACUUCUGUGGAUGACUUCCUGUCCGUGUCAGAAAACCACAUUCUGGAGGACGUGAACAAGUGCGUGAUCGCCCUGCAGGAAGGCGACGUGGACACCCUGGACCGCACGGCGGGCGCCAAGGGUCGGGCGGCCCGCGUCGUUCACAUCAUCAAUGCAGAGAUGGAGAACUACGAGCCAGGUGUUUACACUGAGCGCGUUCUGGAGUCUAUCAAGCUGCUGUCUGAGACCGUCAUGCCCCGUUUCGCUGAACAAGUGGAGGUGGCCAUUGAGGCGCUGAGCACAAACCCCCCACAGCCCUUCGAGGAGAACGAGUUCAUCGACGCGUCCCGCCUGGUCUACGACGGCGUGCGUGACAUACGGAAAGCCGUUCUUAUGAUCAGGACACCUGAGGAGCUGGAGGAUGACUCAGACUUUGAGCAGGAGGACUACGACGCCCGCAGCAGGACCAGUGUCCAGACAGAGGACGACCAGCUCAUCGCCGGACAGAGCGCCAGGGCCAUCAUGGCCCAGCUGCCUCAGGAGGAGAAGGCGAAGAUCGCCGAGCAGGUGGAGAGCUUCCGGCAGGAGAAGUGCAAGCUGGAUGCCGAAGUGGCCAAGUGGGACGACAAUGGCAACGACAUCAUCGUCCUUGCCAAGCAGAUGUGCAUGAUCAUGAUGGAGAUGACGGACUUCACCAGAGGCAAAGGGCCCCUGAAGAACUCCUCUGAUGUCAUCAACGCCGCCAAGAAGAUUGCAGAGGCAGGCUCCAGGAUGGACAAACUGGCCCGCGCCGUCGCCGACCAGUGCCCUGACUCGGCUUGCAAGCAGGACCUGCUGGCCUACCUGCAGAGAAUCGCCCUGUACUGCCACCAGCUCAACAUCUGUAGCAAGGUCAAGGCCGAGGUCCAGAACCUGGGAGGAGAGCUCAUCGUCUCUGGGCUGGACAGCGCCACCUCCCUGAUCCAGGCGGCCAAGAACCUGAUGAACGCUGUGGUGCUCACAGUCAAGGCCAGCUACGUGGCGUCCACCAAGUACGCCAAGGUGUACGGCGCCGCCGCCGUCAACUCGCCUGUGGUCAGCUGGCGCAUGAAGGCGCCCGAGAAGAAGCCCUUGGUGAAGCGGGAGAAGCCCGAGGAGUGUCAGACGCGCGUUCGACGGGGCUCGCAGAAGAAGCACAUCUCGCCCGUCCAGGCCCUCAGCGAGUUCAAGGCCAUGGACUCCUUCUAAAGAUGUCCGCCGCCACGACGUAUGUCACUGGAACCAAGAAAAACAACACCGACAACGAGAAGUUUAAGGAAACUCCCAUCUUUCUUUGUGUUAAUUUGUUUCUUUCGGGUGAGAGGAGUUACGCUGAUAAUAACAACGCCUCCUUUCCCCCUUUUUGAGUGAAGGGUCGAUGGAGAAAAAAUCUGCCUGGAGGACAUUGCUAACCUGCCACCUGUACUGAACUACAGCUCCCAUGAACACUUUGGGCUUCUCGGCCAAUGGGGAGCCAGCGCGCUCCCACCCAUAUUUAUUACUAUUAUAACUACUGUAACUUAACCGUGUGAGAACCAAAUGUGUGACACUAAAAACAAAAACUUACUCAAAAAAGGGAGAUGAAAAGUUCAAAACAAAACAUAUCAGAAGAGCAGCACCUAAAAUGACUAAAUGGCCAUCAAUAUUAUUGCUAUAUCAUUACUAUCGUGGUACUGCCUGGCUGCUCUUACACACAUUAACUGCCUGAAUGGAAAUGAUGAAUGGCACAGUAGUGAAAUCUCUGUAAUAAGAGGAUUGAUCUAUCGAGGUUGAUCAACUUUGGGCGGCAUUUUCGUGGUGCAAAAAGAGCACAGGUUUGUGCAAAAAUGACUGUCAACCUCUAUAUAAAUCAGGCAGGGAAACUUCACUUGAAACUUUUCAUCAACAAUGUGCAUUUAUAAGGAGGCGAUUGAACUAGAGUUUAGUUUACUGAGUAAUGCAUGAAGUCACCUCCUCAUAACACAUCGAUGAAACGCUUCAACUUAAAACCACACUGCCUGAUUAUGAGGUUUACAGUAUUUCCCCCACAGAUUCUGUUGCUUUUUUUUUUUUUGUACAACACAAAUGUCAAUAAUCCCAUCCUAACCUAAUAUCUUGUAUUUUUCCCCGGUUUGAACGUUACCUUACCUGUAGAGCUAGGAAUAACUUAUGUUUAAGGUAACUGAAAGUGUUUGGCAUCCAAGUCAUUUGUUUCUGUGUUCCUUCCUGAUCCGGUGUUCCUGAACGAUGCACACACUUCAUGGUCCUACGGUAUUGCCUUUUUAAAAAUCCAUUUCUCAUGAUGAUAUCACUAACUGUAUCGCAGCCUGAUUGGAUUAUUGUGUAGAGUGUAAUAGUAGACAAUGAGAGGUAUGACUAGUUGUGGUUUCCUCAGAGAAUAUUUGGCUGCGUUUAGACAAGGCAGCCCAAUAAUGAUAUAUAUUUUUUAACUAAUUUGUAUUUUAAUCAAUCUGUUCAGCUCUGAAAAAGAUCUGAUGUGAUUGGUCAAAAGUUAAAUUACUGGGAAAAAAUACCAGAAUUGGGGUGCCUGUCUAAAUGAAGCCAUGGAGUCCUACAAACAUACAUACAUUCAGGUAACUGCCAAAAUAAUGGAAACACUUGAGUAAAUGAGGGAUAUAAAGUUCAUUAAAAGGAGGUGCUUCCACACAGGUGUAGUUCCUGAGAUAAUUAAUCAAUUAACAUCCCAGCAGGGUUAUGUAUAAAAAUGUUGGGCAGGACAUUAUUUGGGCUACCAUGGCCCCCAUGGGAUGACAAUGCCAUCCAUACGGCAUGAAUGGCCAUGGAAUGGUUUAAUGAGCAUGAAAACGAUGUUAACCAUCUGUCACCAGAUCUCAACCCAAUUGAACACUGAUGGGAGAUUCUGGAGCAGCGCCUGGGACAGAGGUUUCCACCACCAUCAACAAAAGCCAAAUGAUGGAAUUGGGUUGCAUCCCUCCAAUCGAGUUCCAGACACAGAAUCUAUUCUAAUUGAAUUUGUUCUGGCUCGUGGUGGCCCAACGCCCAAUUAAGACACUUGCUGUUGGUGUUUCCAUUAUAUUGACAGUGACCUGUACAUACUUACAUACAGUUGAAGUCGGAAGUUUACAUACACCUUAGCCAAAUACAUUUCAACUCAGUUUUUCACAAUUCCUGACAUUUAAUCAUAGUAAAAGUUCCCUGUUUUAGGUCAGUUAGGAUCACCACUUUAUUUUAAGAACGUGAAAUGUCAGAAUAAUAGUAUAGAGAAUGAUUUAUUUCAGCUUUUAUUUCUUUCAUCACAUUUCCAGUGGGUCAGAAGUUUAGUAUUUGGUAGCAUUGCCUUUAAAUGGUUUAACUUGGGUAAAAUGUUUUGGGUGGCCUUCCACAAGCUUCCCACAAUAAGUUUGGGGAAUUAUGGCCCAUUCCCCCCGCCGACAGAGCUCGUGUAACUGAGUCAGGUUUUCUAGGCCUCCUUGCUCGCACACGCUUUUUCAGUUCUGCCCACAAUUUUACUAAUGGAUUGAGGUGAGGGCUUUGAUGGCCACUCCAAUACCUUGACUUUGUCGUCCUUAAGCCAUUUUGCCACAACUUUGGAAGUAUGCUUAAGGUCAUUGUCCAUUUGGAAGAACCAUUUGCGAUCAAGCUUUAACUUCCAGACUUAUGUCAUGAGAUGUUGCUUCAAUAUAUCCACAUAAUUUUCCUCCCUCAUAAUGCCAUCUAUUUUGUGAAGUGCACUAGUCCCUCUUGCAGCAAAGCACCCCCACAACAUGAUGCUGCCACCACCGUGUGUCAUGGUUGGAAUGAUGUUCUUCAGCUUGCAAGCAUCCACCUUUUUUCUCCAAACAUAACAAUGGUCAUUAUGGCCAAACAGUUCCAUUUUUGUUUCAUCAGACCAGAGGACAAUCCUCCAAAAAGUAAGAUCUUUCUCCCCGUGUGCAGUUGCAAACCAUAGUUUUUAUGGCGGUUUCUGGCUUCUUCCUUGUUGAGCAGGUUGUCGAUAUAGGGCUCAUUUAACUGUGGAAAUAGAUACUUUUGUACCUGUUUUCGCCACCAUCUUCAAAAGGUCCUUUGCUGUUGUUCUGGGAUUGAUUUGCACUUUACGCACCAAAGUACGUUCAUCUCCUUCCUGAGCGGUAUGAUGGCUGCGUGAUCCCAUGGUGUUUAUACUUGCGUACUAUUGUUUGUACAGAUGAACGUGGUACCUUCGGGCAUUUGGAAAUUGCUCCCAAGGAUGAACCAGACUUGUGGAGGCCUACAGUUUUUUCUGAGGAAUUUUCCCAUGAUGUCAAGCAAAGAGGCACUGAGAUUGAAGGUAGGCCUUGAAAUACAUCCACAGGUACACCUCCAAUUGACUCAAAUGAUGUCAAUUAGCCUAUCUGAAACUUCCAUGACAUAAUUUUCUGGAAUUUGCCAAGCUGUUUAAAGGCACAGUCAACUUAGUGUAUGUAAUCUUCUGACCCACUGGAAUUGUGAUACAGUGAAUUAUUUAUUUUAUCUAUCUAUUAUUUUACCAGGUAAGUUGACCUAGAAUACAUUCUCAUUUGCAGCAGCGACCUGGGGAAUAGUUACAGGGGAGAGGAGGGGGAUGAAUGAGCAAAUUGUAAACUGGGGAUUAUUAGGUGACCGUGAUGGUUUUGAGGGCCAGAUUGGGAAUUUAGCCAGGACACCGGGGUUAACACCCCUACUCUUACGAUAAGUGCCAUGGGAUCUUUAAUGACCUCAGAGAGUCAGGACACCCGAUUAACGUCCCAUCCGAAAGACGGCACCCUACACAGGGCAUUGGGAUAUAUUGUUUUAGACCAGAGGAAAGAGUGCCUCCUACUGGCCCUCCAAACACCACUUCCAGCAGCAUCUGGUCUCUCACCCAGAAACUGACCAGGACCAACCCUGCUUAGCUUCAGAAGCAAGCCAGCAGUGGUAUGCAGGGUGGUAUGCUGCUGACCAAAAGUGAAAUAAUCUGUCUGUAAACAAUUGUUGGAAAAAUGACUUGUGUCAUGCACAAAGUAGAUGUCCUAACCGAAUUUCCAAAAGUAUAGUUUGUUAACAAGAUAUUUGUGGAGUGGUUGAAAAACGAGUUUUAAUGACUACAACCUAAGUGUAUGUAAACUUCCGACUUCAACUGUACAUACAAACAAAUACCUUUAUAUUCACUGUUCUCUAAUAAACCCGUCAAACUUGA